GAAAGAACUCCAUUACCCAGAAUCCUCGGCGGCUUGACACAAGCUGGCUCUCCGCUCACGGAGUGUUUCCCAUUUAAAACAAACACGGUCUUACUGAAGAUGGCGGAGAGUUUGUAGAGACGCAAAAGAAACUGUUCUUCACAAUGAAAACGUCGAAGUAGGAGAUGACCACACACUGAAGUUACCCAGGGAACCUAGGUGGCGCUUGACCGGGGAUUUUACAUACCAAGGUGCUGAUAUGCUCUGACCAUGAGUGGCAUAGGAGACAACUCAUUGGAGCCGCUGUGCUCUGACCGCAAACGUAAACUGUCCACCUGCGACACACCGGGCAUUGGGUGUGACAAGCGCCGACGGGAGCAGGAAACCAAGUACAUCGAGGAGCUGGCUGAGCUCAUCUCUGCUAACCUCUCUAACAUUGAUAGCUUCAACGUGAAGCCUGACAAAUGUGCAAUCCUCAAGGAGACUGUGCGGCAGAUCAGACAAAUCAAAGAGCAAGGUAAAAACUCUUGCAAUGCUGAUGAUGUUCAGAAGGCAGAUGUGUCCUCUACUGGACAGGGGGUUAUUGACAAGGACCACCUGGGGCCACUGCUUCUACAGGCUCUGGAUGGGUUUUUGUUUGUUGUCAACCGAGAGGGCAGCAUUGUGUUUGUGUCAGAUAAUGUGACACAAUACCUGCAGUACAAACAAGAGGAGCUGAUCAACACCAGUGUGUACAACAUCAUCCACGAUGACGACAGGGAGGAGUUUCACAAAAAUUUACCUAAAUCAACUGUACCAAACGGGGCAUCAUGGGCUGGAGAGGCACCCAGACAAAAGAGCCACACAUUUAACUGCCGCAUGUUGGUAAACUUGGUCCAUGGUUUGUCAGAAGAGAGGUCCGGUGGUCAGCGCUAUGAGACAAUGCAGUGUUUCGCUCUCACUCAGCCCAGGGCCAUGAUGGAGGAGGGGGAAGACCUACAGUCAUGUAUGAUCUGUGUGGCUCGCCGCAUCACAGCGGUAGAGAGGACGGAGCGCUUUAGCACUCGCCAUGAACUGUCUGGUAAACUAAUUGAAAUUGAGCAGCAGAGCACUCUUCACACCACAAUGCGUCCUGGUUGGGAGGACUUGGUGAGGCGCUGCAUGCAGAUGUUUCUCAAUCGAAGCGAAGGACAACCAUGGUCUUACAAACGCCACUAUCAAGAUGCUAUCCAUAAUGGUCACGCAGAGACGCCACUGUACCGAUUCUCACUCUCUGACGGCACCCCUGUAACAGCCCAGACCAGGAGUGACCUCUGCAGAAAUCCCAACACCAAUGAACCACACUCAUUUUUAUCAACACAUUUGCUUCAGAGGGAGCAGAAUGGCUAUCGUGGAAACCAAGUAGGAGGCAUGAGGGCUCAAGCCAUGGGUGUGAACAACCCCAACCAACAAAUGAACGUAGGCUAUGGAAUGACUGACCAGGGCAACUUUGCCCAAAGAGGAGUGCCUCCUUACACUGGUGGAAACCGCAUGCAUCAAAUUAAUCCCAUGCAUCAGAUGAACAACAUGGGUCCAAUGAAUUCCAUGCAUCCUAUGAACUCGUUGAACCAAAUGGGGCAGAUGAAUCAGAUGGGACACCAUGCCAUGCAUCAGCAUCAGCAUCAGCAUCAGCAUCAGCACCAACAUCAACAUCAACAGAUCUCUCAGUUCCAUGGAGGUGGGCCUGGAGGUGGAGGAUAUGGGAUGGGAAUGACCAGUCCCCCACAGGCCAGUCCAGGGAUUAAUGCGUCCCCACACAACGUCAUGGGGUCACCCAGAGUCCGAGGAAGUCCCAAGAUGGGUGCCAGCCCCUUCUCUCCUGGAGGCUUGAACUCUCCCAUAAGCUCCAGCCACCCGUGUAACUCGGGAAGUGGGACCACAACGUACUCCAGCAGCUCACUGAAUGCUCUCCAAGCCAUUAGUGAGGGUGUGGGCAAUCCCUUGCCCUCCCCUCUUACCUCUCCUACCACACACAAGCCUGACAGUUCACCAAGUAUCAAUUCCACCAACCAGGCAGCAGGUGGUCCAUGCAAGCCCAGCAUCCCAUCUCACUGUGACUCUAAGAGUCCGGGCAGCUCUUUGGGGCCAACAGUGGACCAGCAGCACCCCCACACCCCCACCAGCGAGUGCCCUCCAGACAAACCAGACAGUCAUGCCAGCAGAGAGGCAGGACCAAACAUGGGAGAAUUAAAUCGACGGAUACAUGACAAAAGCCACAAGAAGCUUUUGCAGCUCCUUACUUCCCCAACAGAUGAGCUGGCGCCACCUAAUCACCCACCAAGCUCCACGCCCGAUGGCAAAGAAGGAACAACUGGUGUCACCAGCCCUUCCUCCUCAACAGGUGUGUCUUCCUCUACGGGGGGAGGUCAUGGUGCAGUGUCCUCCUCCGGCAGUGCGGGGCAUUUUACAAGUCAGUCACUCCAGGAGAAGCACAAGAUUCUCCACAAGCUCCUAAAAAAUGGUAACACUCCGGAUGAGGUGGCUCGUAUCACAGCUGAGGCCACUGGAAAGAGUAGCUUAGAUUCAGGCGUGUCAGAGGCUGGAUCGGCAUCUGUCGGAGGAGUUAGAGGAUCGGAAUCAAAGCAGGAGCAGCAGAGUCCUAAGAAGGAGAAACCCCACGCACUCCUUCACUACCUCCUUAAUAAGGACGACACAAAAGAGGGUGUCGAUAUCAAGCCAAAGCUGGAAGAGCUAGAGGGGAGAGGAACUCAAGGGGCAGGAGUCACCAGCUCGGAGUCCCACGCCAUAGAUAGCAAAGUCAAGCUUGAGCCAUCUGAUGAGGCAGAGACCUUGGAGACCAUCUUGGGAACUAGGAACGUUUCAGGAUUCUACCCAGAGCCCGAUUCCAGAUCAGGAAAAGAAGGAAACAAACUGGGAAAUAUACCAGAGAGUUUACUUGAUGGAGAAAAAUGUGCGAUGGCUUCAGGUCAUCAAGGUAUGUAUAAAAGAACCAUGUCCAUGGAUGCUAAGCCGAUGAUUGGAGAAGGUGGAGUUGGAUGCGGCUUGGCUGUGAGAAGAAACGUCCCUUGUCCCACACUCAUAAAACAAGAGAACAUGGAUGCUCCAAUCCGACCUGGGGGUGUUCCCAAUAGCUUUCCCGGAGCCGCAGGAGUGUGCCCGCCACGAGUGUGCCCGCCAACAAGAGGCAUGGGGAGAGGGAUGGGAAUGCCACAGCGCCCUCCAAUGGCAGGGCCAGGGGAUUGGGGAAUGCAAAGAUCAAACACAGGCCCUUUGACUGGACCAGGUCACUUAGGUAUGGGCUGCUCUGGCCCAAUGGGCGGACCCAUGAUCAACCGCUCCAACAGUGUACCUGCAAAUACAAGGUCUAUCCUGCAGCAACAACUUAUGGAUAUGGGUAGUAAUGAUGGCAAUAUGGCCUUGAGCCCAUUUAGUGGACACGCCCCCACACCACACUCCCCUUCUUGGCGAGAGUCUGCCAUUGGGAUGGACAGACCCCAGAGUAACACUAACAGGGAACAGUUUGGCAACCCCUUAGAUGACCUCCUAGCUGCUCGCAGCGAGGGCCCGAGUGAUGAGCGAGUGCUUCUGGAUCAGCUGGACUCUCUGCUCAACACUGCUGACAUCAUUGCGCUGCAGGAAAUAGACCGAGCGCUCGGCAUACCUGAAAUAGUAGGCCAGAGCCAAGGACCUGAUGGCCAGGAUCAAGGACCAUCUCAGUGCGGCCCAUCAGAGACUUUUUCACGUCCGGACUCGACCAUUGGCAUUGAGCAAAAGCCCAUGUAUGGCCAAGGGUACCCUGGACCCCCCGGACCACCCUCGAUGGGCAUGCAGCAUGGUUACGGUAGCAACACGCUACCGGGUCAAUCUCCUGCAGGAUUCAACCCCAUGAUGGGUCAGAUGGGCCAGACUGGAGCAUUCCCAGGCAUUGGAGGUAUGGGAAAUCCCCGCGCAAACAUGAUGAGGCCUCGCAUGAUGACUGCCACCAAGCCUCUCAGACUGCAGCUUCAGCAAAGACUACAAGGACAACAGUUCAUGAACCAGACCCGUCAAGGAAUAAAGAUGGAAAACACUCCUGGAGGAAACCCUGCCAUGCGCCCCGGCAUGCGUCCCGGCAUGCAACCUGGCAUGCAACCUGGCAUGCAACCUGGCAUGCAGCCUGGCAUGCAGCCGGGUCUCCAACCCGGCAUGCAGCCUGGCAUGCAACAUGGUCUGCAACCUGGGAUGCAGUCCGGGAUGAGUGGUCAGCCGGGUUUCCUGAACGCUCAGAUGAUGGCCCAGCGCAGCAGGGAAAUAAUGACAAUGCAGAUGAGGAAGCAGCGGAUGUUGAUGCUGCAGCAACAACAGCAGCAGCAGCAGCAGCAGCAGCAGCAGCAACAGACGCAGCAGCAACAGUCACAGGGGGCAGCAGCAGGAUUCAGUCCUCCUCCAAAUGUGACUGCGCCGGGAGGUAUGGAAGCUGCUAUGGGAGGUUCGGCCAUGAACAAGCCCGGAUUCAACUACGGAGGUAACUAUGGAAUGAACCAACAGGGGGAGCCGUCAUUAAUGGCGGCAGGUAGCAGCUCACCAGGAAACAUGAUGACAUCGCGGAUGGGCGGCACUGCUCAGAACAACAUGAUGUCAGGAAUGCAAGGGAAUCCACAUGGAGCGCCCAUGUAUCCAUCAGGAGACAUGAAGGGCUGGCCGCCGGGUGCAAUGCCUCGCAAAAGCUCAUAUCCCCAGCAACAGUUUGCCCAGCAGGCCAACCAAGGCCAGUUUGCAAACAUGAUGAUGAGCAACUCCAUGGGCAGGCCCGGCGUGGUCGGCGGGGGCGGCUCGGCACAAAUGGGCCAAAUGCCGGCACAGAUGCAGGGCCAGAUGCCAGGACAGAUGCAGGGCCAGAUGGGCAUGAACCCAAUGGGAAUGGGUCGCAUGCCAAUGGGGCCUGAUCAGAAGUAUUGCUGAGAACACGCCUCAAUUCCACCACAACACACUGCUCAUCCAAGAGGACGCCUUGUGGGGCGACUGUUGAGCAGAACGGGACGACGGUACAAUUGUCUCUGGCUGCACUUUAACCUGCAGGUUUCUGUACGGCGGGGGGGAAGGAUUGCUGCAAUAUUUUUCAUCUUUAUAGCCUUUCUUUAAAAAGAAUGAUGCCUUCUCAACAAUGUUUUUUGUUAUGUUUUUGUUCCCCUUUUCUUCCAAUCCUCUGUAUUCGCCUCACCUUGAAGUCAUUGGAAGCUAUAAGCACACAGUUGGAGCAAUAACGUCUGUUCUUUUCCACCCACUGAGCAUCUCAACCUCUGUUUUUGGCAAACAAAAGGUACUGCAGUAUUAGAUGUCUCAAGCAUCGUCUGUAAAUAGGAUUUGUAAAUAUUCUGCAAAAUAUAUCAAACAUGAUUUUUAAAAGCCUAUAAUUGCACAAAGGAUGAGACUUGCUUGUAUUUUGUGUCCAGUAGGUCAAAGCUGAUUUUUUUUUUUCUGAAAUCUUUCCAAAUAUUACAGGUCUGAUGGGAUUUUCGUUUCCUUUUACUUGUCUUUUUUUUUUAAAUGUUUUAUUUUUGUAUUCUCUGACAAUGUGUGUAUGUCAUGUCUUAGCGAGGCACUUUUAAAUGUGACAUGGAUCUGACAAACUGAAGGUUUUGAGCUUUCACACAGAAGUUUUAUUGGAAAGUAAUGGAACUUUUUGAACCGUCAGUCACGUGGAACUAUUUUAUUGGGUGGCGUGCGAGUACAACGAAAAAAGGACACAAACUUCAACAACACUUCUGGUCCUUGCAGUUCUCCUUCCUGUUCAGUUUCCGUGCAGUGUAUUUUUUUAGCCAUUUUCUUUUGGACUCUUGACUCUACCUUUUCAACAUGCGCAAUCCAAAGAUAUUUUCCCGCAUCUUUGUAUAGUUUUUAAAGGUUCCUGGUGUACAUUUAAUGAUAUACAUUAUUUUAUUCAGAUGGUAAAUAGGUACAUAUAGCUCCGCAAAUACAUCUGAUGGUUAUGUCGUUAAAUCUAAAAUUGUUCUGCAGCACGUGGGCUUUCUGUGAAGUGCAGAAAUGACUGGAAAUUCUCUGCUGUGUAAACAGAAAAGUCCACUUCAAGACAUAUCAAUAGUUCAUGUAUUUUUUUAAGAAACAACUUCAUUUUAUGGCCAGAUUUUGUUACUUUGUGGGCGGUGGGGGGAAAAAAAGAACUUUGUAAUGUGAGAUCUUUUAGCUGUCUCGAGGUAUGAAAAGCUGUCAUUUUACAAGAUGUAUAUUACAGAUUUGUUUUUUUCAGUUGAUGUUGAUAUUGAUGUAAAUACAAAUUUCUAUUUAAACACUUUUGAUUGUGGACCUCUGAUUUUCAGCGGGCACAUCACCUGGUAUAUUAUGUUUACAAAAUAAAGAAA